UAGUGAUUGAAGUUCCUCAUGGCCUGAACACAAAAGUGACUUGUAGCUUGGUGCACUAAAGCAACACUUCAUGAUCUAUGGUGACUUUCUGCCCGGGGAAAUAUGCAAAAUCCUGGUGCACGUGAAAACACAGUCCUGAAGUCCCAGCCGCCUCCUGAGGAGCAGAAUUAUGGAGCUGCUGCAGCACAUGUGAGACAAGGUCCAUUUAUGACUGUGUCAAGGAGCAGCCCAGCAAGGAGAGAUUACCUGACAGCUGCUGUGCUGUGCUAUGCAAACUUAAUAAAUUUCAUGGAUUGGUUCAUUGUACCAGGGAUCCUGUUAGAUAUACAGAAAUACUUCAAGCUUAGCGAUGGGGAUACAGGUCUACUGCAAACAGUCUUCAUCUCGUGUUACAUGCUGACUGCCCCCAUCUUUGGAUACCUCGGUGAUCGAUACAAUAGGAAAAUCAUCCUUGGAGCUGGUAUUUUCUUCUGGUCUGGUGUAACGUUAGGCAGUUCAUUCAUCAGUGAAUUGUAUUACUGGAUAUUCUUUCUUUCACGAGGACUAGUUGGCAUUGGCACGGCCAGUUAUUCCACAAUAGCACCUACCAUCAUUGCAGACCUGUUUGAGGAGGGAAAAAGGACCACAGUGUUAUCUAUCUUCUAUAUCUUCAUUCCAGUGGGAAGUGGUCUUGGCUAUGUCCUAGCAGCAGGCAUGGCAGAUGUCACAGGUGACUGGCACUGGGCAUUCAGGAUAACUCCUUGCAUGGGAGCUCUAGCAAUGGUUCUUCUGACUCUACUGGUCCCUCAUAGGACCCAGAGAAGGACAGCAGCCCACAGAGCACUGAGCAUCUCCGGCACAAUACAAGUAGCAGCUGAGAAACCAGGUGUAGAGAGAACUGCCAGGACUACUUGGUGUCAAGAUGUCAUAUCCCUUGCCAAGAAUUGGAGUUUCGUCUGGUCCUCACUGGGUCUGACUGCCAUGGCCUUCGUUACUGGAGCCCUGGGAAUGUGGGUACCACUGUUUCUUUACAGGGCUCAGGUUGUCCAGGGCAUUGUAUCACCGUGCCUCCAAGAAUCAUGCAAUUCAUCUAACAGCCUAAUAUUUGGAGGCAUCACCAUUGGGACGGGAAUCUUGGGUGUCAUUACUGGGGCAGAAGCUGCAAGAAGAUUAAGGAAGAUAAACAAUAAAGCUGAUCCUCUGAUCUGUGCCACAAGUAUGUUCAUUUCUGCUCUGUGCCUCUACUUAGCUUUGAUGGUGGCUGAGAAGAACAUCCUUUCCGCUUUUAUAUUUAUUGCAUUUGGAGAACUGUUUUUAUCUGUAAACUGGGCUGUUGUGACAGACAUACUGUUGUAUGUUGUGACACCAAGACGGCAGUCUACAGCUAUUGCUCUGCAGAUUUUGGUGAGCCAUUUGCUGGGAGACGCAGGCAGCCCAUAUCUCAUUGGGAUUGUACCAGAAAUUAACGCUGUCUUUCAAAUGAAGAUGAACUCUGGGGCAAGAUUUGCAAAGAAGAAAAGAAUAUCCUCCCCUUUUUCUUUCCAUUUUGCUUAAUGAGAUACAGCUAGAGAAAAGGCCAAAUAACAAUUCCUCCAUAUGGCAGAAAAUCCUGCAUACUGACUUUUUUCGAUGCUUUUGACUGUGAGUCAAAAAUUUCUACUGCAUUGGCAUAUGGCAACCCUCCCCCGUCUGCAAAACAGGCACAAGUAUUCUGUGGAGCUGGGGAGCUCCAGAAGGUAGUGUAUAGAGCUGUUACAGGCACAACUGCUAACCUAAACAAGACAGUAGCAUUUAAGGCAGAAUGUCUCGUAGAGAUUAGGAAAGGAGGCCUAUGAAUUCUCAGCAGGAUAAGAUUUGCCAAUAGAAUUUGGAAAACGUAGAUAGUACAAAAAGUGUUUUCAGUUGUCUGAAAUGACCAAGAGAAGCAGAAACUACCAAAGUCAGUGUCAGAUUCAGGAGUGGAGAGCUGUGGUCAUUUUAUAUGUUAAUGACCUCUUUCUAAUCCUUUGAGGCUUUUCAGCGUAUCCUCAGGCCUUGGGUAUCUCCUCUAGUGACUGAACAGUGGUAGCUGUAAAACCACUUAAAUAUAAGUAUCCAUUUGAGCUCUUAUCUCUGAAGUGCUUAAGACUUUGGAUGUAGUAUCUAUUGUCGUAAGAUCAUGCCAGGUGCCAAACAGGACAUGAUUAGUGUAGCCAACUUUCAUUGUUUGACAUGGUGUAGUUCCAGCAGCACCUUAAAGCUAAUGCCUGAGGAAGAUAUUAGCAAGUGAAUGUGAAGUAUUAUGAAUCUUGCCUGAUUCUCCCAGGAAACUGUAAGGAUCAUAAAGCACAAUAUUCCUGUAAUGACUGUGAAUAUCUAAUAUCAUUAUAAAUAGCAUAAUUCAGGAACUGCAGGUUUUUGUUUCUCCCUCUCUCUCCCCCAUUUAAAAAAAAAAUCUGUUCUGAAACCUGUCUUAAACCCAGGUAGUGAAAUUUGGCCAGAGCUUAUGCCAUUAUGGGAAAUAAUAGAGAAACUUUUUUGUGAUACUCAGUAAGACUGUAAUAAUUGCCUUUAAAAUAAAAAUUGGUAUUCUGAAA